AAUGCCUUCAUUCCUUGCAUAAAGGAUUUUAGACGUUUUAGGUGCAGUGUUUUUUUUUUGGAAAGAUUGUGAAUGAUGAGUGACUUGUCUGAUGAAGGAGAUGAAGACAUCCUUGGGGGAGGGUUCAUGCUCAAUGAGAGCAUGGAGGAACUGGAGAGCAAGGACCAGAGUGCCAGUCAUGGUGAUGAUAAUGAGGAAGAUAUAUCUAAUGUGAGUGCAGAGCAUGAACAGGAUGAGAGUGCUGAGUAUGAAGAUGAGUAUGACUCAACUCAGCCAGAGGAAAAAAUGGAGCCUGAUGCAAAGGAGGCAGAAGAAGCAGUGUCAGACAGUGAUGAAGAGAAUGAAGUCCAUGAUGAAAGCUUUAAUGUUAAUGAGGAAGGAGAUGAGAAGGAUGUUUCAUCUCGUGGGAACAGAACACAUGAUGAAAGCAUGAGUGCACAUGAAGAAGGGGAUGGGGAAGAUAGUGUGUUAACUCCAUCUUCUCCUGUGUUGAACGGAAGCGAGGAUGACCUGGUUGAUGGACAGAAACUUCAAGACGAUGAAGAUGCAGAAGAGAAGGGAGAAGGACAAGGGAUAGAAGACAAUGAGGGCAGCAGUGAGGAUGAUCAUGAUGAAGAGAGUGUCAAUCAUGCAGAAGGGAUUAAGGAUCUGGAUGAAGUUGAAAGAGCAGAAGGAGACAAAGAUAGAAGAGGUGAUGAAGAGGAGGAAGAGAGAAGUGAUAAGGGGUCAGAGAAGGAGGAGGAUAGGGAAUCGGAGGAUGAGAGGUCUGUUGGGUCACGUGAAUCAUCUCCUGAGAGACCCUCUAGUGAUAAGGAUGGAGAAAGGUCACAUGAAGAGGAUGAUGAUGAUGAUGAAGAGAUGACUGUUCGGAGGAAGAGGGUGAAGCGCAAGCAAGUGGGCAGCUCUGAUGAAGGGAGUGAGAGUGAUGAUGAGAAGUCAGAUGCUGAUGAGGAUGACAGUCCAAGAAAAAGAAAGAAGAGAAGAAGAGUGGCUAGUGGAAGCAACAGUGAGAGUGAAGAUGAGGAAGGUGGUGAGAAAGACAAGCUUGUGAAUGACAUCUUUGGGGAUUCAGAUGAAGAGACUGAAAACAAAGAAGCAACAAAGGUUCUUGAACAACUCCUUUUUUAAAAUUAUUUCUGGCAUGUUUGGGAAGAUGAAACAGUUAGAUUUGGAUCAGGAGGAGGAGGAGAAAGAGAAAGAGAAAGAGAAGGAGGAGGAGGAGGAGAAAGAGAAGACAGAGGGAGGAGAGGCUGAAGGAGGAUCUGAGGAGAAGAAAGAGAUCCUUCCUGAACUGACAGACAGUAGCAGUGAUGAGGGACCUAAUGAUCGGGAACAGAUGGGAGACUUCGCGUCUGACUUUGACAUGAUGAUGCAACGAAAGAAGUUAGAGCGAGGGUAUCGUCGUCGUCGGAAGAACGUUGACAUCAUCAGUGAUAGUGAUGAUCUCAUUGCAGACCUCAUGGUUGACAUGCGCAAUGCUGCUGAAGAAGAUCGAGAAUUAAACCUGAAGGGUGAACCAGCCAUAAAGAAGUUGUCUGUCAUGAAGAGAGCCCAGAAUGAGUUGCUGAAAGCUGACCUUCAGCAUGCAUUCUUGGAUUCAGGGAUCUUGAAUGUGUUCACAGAAUGGUUGUCUCCAAUGCCAGAUCGCAGCCUCCCUUCGCUCAAGAUCCGCACCGCUUUCCUCAAGAUCCUUCAACAGUUUCCUCGGGUGGAGUCACAUGCUCUGAAAGCAUCAGGAAUUGGGAAGGCAAUCAUGUACCUUUAUAAGCAUCCAAAGGAGACCAAGGAGAAUCGAAUGCGUGCAGGGAAGCUCAUCAACGAAUGGUCUCGACCCAUCUUCAACUUGGCCACCAAUUUCUCUGCUAUGUCAAAAGAGGAACGAGAGCAGAGGGAUUUUGAACAGCUAAAUAAGGCCAAGCGCAUCAGUAACGAUGGUGGAUCAACUCCUGCACGUCGAGAGAGCACUUCUGAAAGUGAGGACACCCCAAGGCGCCCGGGCGAUCCCGGUUGGGUUUAUCGAGCACGUGUCCCUCAGCCGUCCACCAAGGCCUACGUUGUCCGACCCAAGUGGAAGUCUGACAUUGAUAUCUCCAAGAGCACCAAGAAGGGAAUGUCUCAUCUAGAGAAACAACUCCAGGAGUUGAAACGCAAUCGCAAGAAGCAGCAGAGGGCUGUGAAGAUCAGCAUAGAAGGGAACCGGAUGGCCCUCUGAGUUGACGAACGUGCAGUGAUCUAAAUAUUCUCUGUUGCUUUCUGGAACUCAUGAUUAUUACACUGGUAUAAAUACCCGAUUUUGUUAAA